AUGUUAAAAUCGACACCGCUAAAUCAGACGGCGGAGGAGCAGCCGUCACCGCCUCCGGCGGCGGGCGAGAAGUACAAGGGCGUGAGGAAGCGCAAGUGGGGCAAGUACGUGUCCGAGAUUAGACUUCCCAACAGCCGGGAGAGGAUCUGGCUCGGCUCCUACAAUACUGCGGAGAAGGCGGCGCGCGCCUUCGACGCCGCCCUCUACUGCCUCCGCGGCCGGGCCGCCCAGUUCAACUUCCCUGACGACCCGCCGGAGAUACCCGGCGGCCGGUCGAUGUCGCCGGCCGAGAUCCAGGCCGCGGCCGCCCAGUUCGCCCGCGAGGUGCCCCCACGCGCCACUGGCGUUUCGGGUCGGGUCGACAGUCUGGACUCGCGGGCCGAUUCGUUUGGCUCGGCGUCGGGUUUGUGCCCGUCCAUGUCGGACGAGGUGGUAGCACAGGCGGGUUGUGAAAUGACGGAAAUACCCAUAGAUAAUGAUUUUCUGGACCAGUUUUUUACGAUGGGGUCCGGGCCGGAUAAUAUAUCCGAUUUUGGAUUAUUUCCGGGUUUUGACGAUUUUGCGGGCGGUUUUUUGGCGCCGGCCCAGCCCGAGGCCGAUUACUAUUGGCCCCAAUACAACGAGGAGGUGGCAUAUUCAGAGGCCCCAUCAUCUCUUUGGAAUUUUUGA